AUGAUCAUCCCCGCCCUACUCGUCCAAACCACGGCGGCGACCGCGAAUCCGCCGAUACUCUACGACUGGCGCCCGCCGCUCACGCGCGGCUGGGCUAACAGGUCGCGGUCCGUGACGUGCGUCCGCGGCCUUAUGAACUCCGGGACGAACUUCGCACGCAGCCUCGUGGAGCAGGUGGGGGGAGUUACGGUCCUCGAGGAUCGCAAGCACAUGUACCCCUGGGUGCUCGAGGCGAGGGCGCAGGCCGCGCCGGGCGCCUCAGUCGCGCUCGUGAUAGCGCGGCACCCGCUGAGCUGGGUCACGGGCAUGCGCAAGGCGCGGUAUUUCCUGACUUGUGGGUCGAGGGCCCCGGACUCUCCGUGUUGGCUGCGCUUGGUGUGGCGGCACGGGCCCGGCGAGCAAGCCGAGCGGGAACAUCUGGACGUAAAAUACGGCGGCGUCGUCGACGUCUGGAACGCGUACUACGGCGGGUACCUCGCUUGGUCCAGGACGCGUUAUGCUCUCAUACGCUACGAGGACUUGUUACUAGACUCGGACCGCACGCUGCGCGCCCUAUUUCCCGGCGCCCAUCACGCGCAGCAGAAGCGCGCCGCGAAGAAGCACGGCCACGCCCGGUCCUUCGCCGAUGCGCGCGCCUACAACCUCGCGAAAAGAUGGCGCGCGGAGAAAUUUACCGAACCCGAGGUCGCUGGCCACUGCGCGCGUGCGAAUGCGACGGUGCUCGCCAACCUUGGCUACACGUGCCCUUAAGUCGCGGGGUGGGGUUUGUCCGGUGGUGCCUUAAGUGAAAAGUAGCU